AUGGAACGACAGAGGCGACUAAAGAGCCUAGUGAAAUCUCUAGGAGUGAAUGAGCAAAGACACUUCUCGACUUGGUUCACCGUGCUAGCAAUUGUCAUCUUCUACACGUUAAAGAUACAAGGAUCAGCCAUUAUUGCAAAGUCUGCUCUAAAUCAUGGCAUGAGCCAUUUCACCUUUGCCGUCUACAGAAAUGUCUUUGCCACUAUUGUCUUUGCUCCUUUUGCCUUGCUCUUUGAAAGGAAAAUAAGGCCAAAAAUGAGUAUAUCCAUUUUGUUGAAGAUUAUGUUGCUGGGCUUAGGUGCUCUUUUUAUAGCAGCAGGUUGUAUCUGUUGGGCUUGCUUUUACAAUCUUCAGGCAAUUACGUUGAAGACAUACCCUGCGACAUUAUCACUCACUUGUCUAAUAUGUUGGGCUGGAGCGUUGCAAGGCACUGUUCUGACCCUUGUGGUUGAAAAGGGCAAUACUUCUAUAUGGGCCAUCCAAUGGGACACUACAUUCUUAUCUUACGUUUAUACUGGGAUGGUCACUUCUGGAGUUGGCUAUUAUGUCUCUGGAUUGAUAAUGAAGGAAAAAGGACCUGUUUUUGUUACUGCAUUUAAUCCUCUAAAUAUGGUUAUAGUCGCAAUUUUGGGUUCAUUCAUUUUAUCCGAGGAGCUAAACUUGGGAAGAGUUUUGGGAGGGGCAAUCAUUGUAAUUGGACUAUAUUUAGUAAUAUGGGGUAUAUGGAUUGAGGAACGAAGCAAGGAUACUAACAGGAAAAAAGGAACAAACAAGCUGAAGAAAUGA